UUUCCCAGCUCACGCCAUCCCCCUCCAACUCACGUGCCGCUGCCUCGCAGGCGUUACCGUCACGCAUCCAUACGCCUUGACGCCGCGCGACCCCCGGACCCGUUUUCAGAACCCUCAGCUCCGGUCCCCCGUCGGGCGUUCCGCACCCAAACCCCCGACCGUCUUUCUUCUCACGGAGAAGGAGAGAGGGCGCUUCUCCGCCCUGCCACAGCGAAGAUAGAGUCCCUUCGCUUAUAAGCCAAACAACUCCUCCCCCCAACGCCCUCAUCAGAUCUCUCGCUCUCCUCUUCCAGAAGAUUGAUCUCCAUCUCUUCGAUGGAGAACGCCUACGCUAAAUCCAUCGCCGAGGUUCUUGAAGCAUUUGGUGUAGAUCCGGCCAAGGGCCUUACGGAUGCUCAGGUUGCUGAACAUGCGCAGAUAUACGGCAGAAACGUGCUGCCCCAAGAAGAAAGUACUCCCCUCUGGAAAUUAAUUUUGAAGCAAUUCGAUGAUUUGCUUGUUAAAAUAUUGAUAGUAGCUGCCAUUGUUUCAUUCCUUUUGGCUCUGGUUAAUGGCGAGACAGGCCUAACAGCAUUUCUCGAACCUUCUGUCAUAUUUAUGAUAUUGGUGGCAAAUGCAACCGUAGGAGUAAUAACAGAAACAAAUGCUGAAAAGGCACUUGAGGAGUUGCGUGCAUAUCAAGCUGAUGUUGCAACUGUGCUACGAAAUGGUUGCUUUUCAAUAAUACCUGCCUCCGAGCUUGUCCCUGGAGACAUUGUUGAAGUUGGAGUGGGGUGCAAGGUUCCUGCUGAUAUGAGAAUGGUUGAAAUGCUAAGCAAUCAAUUGCGUGUUGACCAGGCAAUUCUUACUGGUGAGAGCUGCUCUGUGGCAAAGGACCUUGAAUCUACUUUAGCUACAAAUGCUGUCUAUCAAGAUAAAACAAACAUCCUCUUCUCAGGUACUGUUGUGGUUGCCGGUAGAGCAAGAGCAGUUGUUGUUGGUGUUGGCUCCAACACUGCAAUGGGUAGUAUACGUGAUGCAAUGUUAAGAACAGAAGAUGAAAUGACACCUUUAAAGAAGAAGCUAGAUGAAUUUGGCACAUUUUUGGCCAAGGUCAUUGCAGGAAUUUGUGUUCUCGUGUGGGUUGUAAACAUUGGCCAUUUCCAGGAUCCUUCUCAUGGUGGCUUUCUGAGAGGUGCUAUCCAUUACUUCAAGAUCGCAGUUGCUCUUGCAGUUGCAGCCAUUCCUGAAGGGCUUCCAGCUGUUGUUACAACAUGCUUGGCUCUGGGUACCAAAAGAAUGGCCCGCUUGAAUGCUAUUGUCAGGUCGUUACCUUCAGUCGAGGCUUUAGGUUGCACAACUGUGAUAUGUAGUGACAAAACUGGUACCCUUACUACAAACAUGAUGUCUGUUUCAAAGAUUUGUGUGGUCCAAUCUGUGCACCGAGGUCCUAUCACUAAUGAGUACAUUGUUAGUGGAACAACAUUUGCACCAGAGGGCCUGAUUUUUGAUGCUGCAGGAGUGCAGCUCGAGUUUCCUGCUCAAUUUCCAUGUCUUCUUCAUAUAGCAAUGUGUUCAGCUCUUUGCAAUGAUUCUAUACUACAAUAUAAUCCAGAUAAGAGAAACUAUGAGAAAAUUGGGGAGUCAACUGAAGUUGCUUUACGUGUGUUAGUGGAAAAGGUAGGCCUUCCUGGUUUUGACUCUAUGCCUUCAGCUCUGAAUAUGUUGAGUAAGCAUGAACGUGCAUCUUAUUGCAACCGCUAUUGGGAACACCAGUUCAAAAAGAUCUCUGUUUUAGAGUUCUCUCGUGACCGUAAAAUGAUGAGCGUCCUUUGUAGUCGAAAGCAGCAAGAAAUCAUGUUUUCAAAAGGUGCUCCAGAGAGUAUAAUCUCCAGGUGCACACAUAUUUUGUGCAAUGAUGAUGGCUCUUCAGUUCCGCUAACUGCUGAUAUUCGCAAUGAGUUGGUGGCUAGGUUCCAAAGCUUUGCAGGAAAAGACACUUUGAGAUGCUUGGCGUUGGCACUGAAGCGCAUGCCCUUGGGUCUGCAGACUCUUUGCCAUGAGGAUGAGGCAAACCUGACAUUCAUUGGAUUGGUUGGAAUGCUGGAUCCACCAAGAGAGGAAGUAAGAAAUGCUAUGCUAUCCUGUAUGUCUGCUGGAAUACGUGUUAUAGUUGUCACAGGGGAUAACAAAUCUACAGCAGAAUCUCUGUGUCGGCAAAUUGGUGCUUUCAAGCACUUGGAUGAUUUUACUGGGUGCUCUUAUACUGCCUGUGAGUUUGAAGAACUUCCACCCAUGCAACGAACAUUAGCACUGCAGAGAAUGGUUCUUUUUACCAGGGUUGAACCUUCUCACAAGAAGAUGCUGGUUGAAGCCUUGCAAAAUCAAAGGGAAGUGGUCGCAAUGACUGGUGAUGGUGUUAAUGAUGCACCUGCCUUGAAGAAAGCAGACAUAGGAAUUGCAAUGGGAUCAGGAACAGCAGUUGCUAAGAGUGCUGCUGAUAUGGUAUUGGCUGAUGACAAUUUUGCUUCAAUCGUUGCUGCUGUUGCAGAGGGAAGGGCUAUAUACAAUAACACAAAGCAAUUUAUCCGAUACAUGAUCUCUUCAAAUAUUGGAGAAGUAGUUUGUAUUUUUGUGGCAGCAGUGCUUGGAAUGCCUGAUACUCUAGUUCCUGUCCAGCUACUUUGGGUAAAUUUAGUUACUGAUGGCCUGCCUGCUACAGCGAUUGGUUUCAACAAGCCAGAUACAAAUGUGAUGAUGGCUAAACCUCGUAAGGCUAGUGAAGCUGUAGUUAGUGGAUGGCUCUUUUUUCGUUACCUGGUUAUUGGAGCGUAUGUUGGUUUUGCUACUAUUGCUGGAUUCAUCUGGUGGUUUGUUUAUUCUGAUAACGGCCCCAAAUUGCCAUAUAGUGAACUGGUCAAUUUUGAUUCUUGUUCAACAAGACCGACAACGUACCCCUGCAGUAUUUUUGACGAUCGACAUCCGUCUACUGUGUCAAUGACUGUGCUUGUUGUCGUUGAGAUGUUUAAUGCUUUAAACAACCUGAGUGAAAAUCAGUCUCUCCUUGUUAUCCCGCCAUGGAGUAACCUAUGGCUCGUCGGAUCCAUAGUUCUGACUAUGCUCGUCCACAUACUGAUUUUGUAUGUUGAACCCUUAUCUGCACUUUUCUCGGUGACUCCACUAUCAUGGGCUGAGUGGACUAUUGUUCUAUAUCUCUCUUUUCCUGUAAUAAUAAUUGAUGAAGUAUUGAAGUUCUUCUCAAGAAAUUAUAGAGGUAGAAGGUUCAACUUUAGAUUCGGAAGGCCUGAUAUGCUUCCCAAAAGAGAAAAUCGUGACCAAUAGAAUUCAAAACGAGACAAAUCAUACUUGUUAUGCUUGGUGCCAGAGGUAGCACUUGUAAAUGUUACACAAGUUUGGGAAGAGCUUAACCGCCCAUGUGGCAGUGAUGAUCGUCUACCUCCGGUACGGAUUGGAGGCUAACUUCAUUUUGCUUGGAGAUAUAGAGAUGAGCGCUACAAAACUUACCUGCAUGAAGAGUACCCUCAAAGGGCAUCACAUUUCUUGUCACCAUGUGUACAGCUAUUUAUGUGGUAUCCAGAUUCAGUCUGAUGAUUUUGUUCCAUGCCUGUUUCUUAUCACCUGAUACAACUGUCAAGGAUGUAUUCAUCUGUCAUUUGAGGGUUGUGACAUCUCAUUUGUCAUCAAUUGUAGCAUGGGUCUUAAUGAUAUUUGUUAGCAUCAGACAUCAAAAACUGAACCAUGCAACGCAUGUUUUUUUUUUCCUAGUA